AUGUUUCAACGGACUCUUCUCGUUGCCGCAUCAUUUCCUUCCGUUGGGGCGUUAGUGCCCUCCAUGUGGAAGACGGCUCCAUUAGGGUGGCAUCUUAUUCCCCAUUCCAAUGUGGAAGAACAUGAAGAACUGUAUGUGGGAAAGUUAUUUUCUUUUUUAAAUCAUGCAGCACAGUAUGCAUUUAUCGGACAAGUAAUGGCACUUGCAGAGGAAAUUAAAUGUAUUCCUCGUCUUGAAUGGUUUUAUGCGGAAUUAUAUUUUUUAUUACCCCCAACUCGUGAUGCUGAAAUAUUAGCUUGUUAUAUAAAUGAUCAAGAACGUCUUCGAUGUGGCUUACGAAAUCAAUCAUCAGGAACAAGUUCAUCUGGAAUUAUGUGGAGUAGAGAAUUACAUGAAAGAGUGGAAAAACGUGCAUCAGAAGAUUUUUGUUGGUUAUUAACUGAAGAUCAAAGGAAAACUGAAAAAUUUCUACAGGAAACUUAUGUUCAAUGGCAUCAUCGAGCUGAUUAUCUAGUUACGAGAAAAAGUCGUGAAAAGAAAGAAUUUAGACAAGAUUUGACACUUCAACGAGUUAUUCAAGAAGGUCAAGAACGCAAAAGACGAAUGGAACGUCGACGAUCACGAUUAGAAACUCGUGAAAAAAAUAUUACAUCAGGAAAAGAGAGUGAAUGGGAUAAUUUUACACAUGAUGUACUUCCGAGGGAACUUCGUGAAGCACUGGAUCGAGAGAGUGAUGGUAUGGAAGAUGUAAGAAUUUCCCGGGCAGGAACUGCAACAGGAGGGUGGAGUCGCGGUCAUCGUACGCAUCCAAAUUUUCGUUAG